AUGGCCUUUGUCACCCCUUCUCCUCUUCACUCGAAGCCAGCUCUACCUAGAUUCAGCACAGACGUCUGUGGUGAACUGGCUCAUUCCCGAGACUCGUCACUCUCACCUUGCGACACUCCAGACGAGUCACGAUCUAGCAGCCGCCGUCGCCCCUCCUUUAGUUCCAUUAAAGAAGACGUUGACGGCAUUGCGCAAUCCUUUGUCGAUACUCACCACGCCCCAUCUCUAAAAGAUUCUACAGAUUCCCCUAAGCUGGAUCUUAUGGAGUUACAGCAGACGCCUGACUUUUGUUGUCCAUGUGGUGGUUUUUUGGGGUGGAAAUCCAUUCGUCUGGGUGGGAAAAGUUUGAGCCGCAGUUAUAGCGAUCUCCGCGGAAUCGGGAACCUGCAGGCCAAGGGUUGGGCAUGGGACACUACUGACCAUGGAAGAGAAUUAUGCCCUCCAAACGAGCCUGUGAUUGAGCAGCUGCUGGCGCAGCAAAUUGCACCGCAAAAAUCGACUAUCGAGAGGCUUCCCUCAGAGGUUCUUGAUCAAAUUAUCUCUUACCUUACCCUUGACUUGCCGCCUAAUGGAUAUACUCCACGCAAUGUCGACUUAGUCUCUUGCCUUCUGGCCUCGCGUACGCUACAUGCGGCAACCUUGGGUGUGCUGUACAGAAACAUGACCUUCCCACACUCUGUCAUCUUCUCCAAGGCACUCAGUCAUAUGUCGCAGUACCCGGCCCUAGGCACUCUUGUGCGUCGCUUGGACUUUUCCCACUUUACCUCUGUCGGUCUUGGUCGUACCAAGCAGAUGAAUGCAGAGAUCCAGAACUUGACAUCGCGCACGCUGCUCCAGUGCCUAGACCUGUUGCCCAAUCUCAAAGAAUGCUUGUUGCAGGAACAUCUCGACGGUGAUAUCAGCGCAGAGGUGGUGCGGAAGCUGUUCAUGGGUCUUGGAAACCUCAAUGCGCUGGAUUUCUGCGGUUGCUCUACUCAAUCCUUCUCUCGGGUUUUCCAGGAGGCUCUGACAACCGGGCCUGUCCUGCCUGUCACUUUGCCAAAUAUGAAGCGGCUCUCGUUCCACGAAUGUAGCACCAUAACAGCCCCGAUGUUUGAUCUUGUGUUGUCGCGGUGCAUCAACUUGACGCACCUGGACCUGACCAACACGCAGGUUAACGACUCUGCUCUCUUUGCCAUUCCCGACUCCGCUCGCAUCACCCACUUGAGCGUAUCUCGCUGCACCCGUCUUCGUCCUUCCGCUCUUGUGGAGUUCUUGACCACUCACCCAGCCGUGUGUAAUUCUUUGGUGUAUUUGAACCUCCUGACAGAUGCAACUCGGUUCCGCCUUCUGGAGGAGGAGGAUGUGACAGCUCUCCUGCCCAAGCUACCUUCUACCCUUCGCUCUCUGAACCUGGGUGGUGCAAAGAUUACCUCGGACCAUGUCCCACUCUUAGUCCCCCUGACUAAGCACCUGGAGGAACUAGGAUUGAGCUCUGCAGACCUAUCGGUCACAGACGUGAACUCGUUCUUUACUCCACCUCGCGACUCCAACGGCGAUGUGAUCAAGAACGCGGCUCCCAGCACUUUGUGCUACCUAGAUCUUUCCAAGGUACCACAGAUGACUAUUGGCGCUAUCUUCAACAGGAACUCGUGCCUUUUGCUGUCAGAGCAGAGCUUCCCGCUGCAGGUGGUUGAGUUCAGCGAUAAGAUUAUCACUCCCCUACGCGAGCGUGCAAAGACUCAGCGUGUCUCUGUAGGCUGGACUGUACGGGACCUCGGGCGACGUGGCUGGUACGUUCGAGACCCUGCAUCCCUGCCGAUCGUCAGCCCCAUUGAUGACGGUGCGCGCUUCUGGAAGAUGGGCGCGCGCUGGUGGGGCAUGCGCAAGAUCCCCAUGGCCGUUGGCGACGUUGGUGGCCUCUACGGACACUACAUGUUCAAGAAAUGA